AUGGGUGAUUUAGAGGCCAGAGCACUUCCACAAUUUGAUAAACUUGUCGAAGAAGGAAGUGUAGUCUUCAAGGAUGCUCCGCCGAUUCAUGUUUCGGCGCAACCAUAUAAUCUUCAAUUCCGAAUUGCGCCCAGUCUGACGAAGAAGUCACAAAUCGAUAUCAAGGAAGCAAAGGCCCAGAAUGAUAAACCAAGAAACGCUUCGAACCCAUUCGCCAGAGAUCCUCCCGACUUCGUCCUCGAGCAUGUUGGCCCUGAUCAUACGUUGCGUUUCAACAAAUUUUGUGUCGUCCGACCUCAGUUUGUCUUGCAUACAAAUGAAUACAAGCCACAAAUUGAACCGCUCUCCGAAGCGGAUCUAGCGGCCGGAUGGGAUGUGCUUUGCAGGUUAGACAGUCCAUAUAUGCUCAUUUACAAUGGCGGAUUACAGGGCGGUUGGUCUUUACCGCAUCGGCAUAUGCAGUUGCUCCCUCGUCCCCGGAGGGAUACCCACGAGCUUUUCCCGGAUUUAUACGGCAUUCACACUGGCAGAGUCCCUAAUAUUCCUUUUCGACAUGCUGCACGCAUGCUACCGCCCUCGAUUUCGCCUGAACAAAUUUUUGCAAUCUAUCAAGACCUCUUGGCUGCUACUGGUGUUGGCAAACCCGACUACUCUCAUAACUUGGUCUUGGUGAGAGAGUGGAUGCUUGUGAUACCUCGAUCUCGCGCAGGCCAGGAAGGUGUAAAUAUUGCAAAUGCAGCUGCUAUGGUUGGGAUGAUUUGGAUACCAUCACGAGAAGUGCUCGACGUGUGGCUACAAGGCGAUGACCCAAUGGAGCUCCUCGCUAAAUUUGGGAAACCGUGGUAG